UAGUGUGAAUCUCUUCCUCACGGAAAGGAGAAGAAGAGGAGAAGAAGAAGAAAAGAGUGGUCCACUUCUUCAUCAUCAUCCUAUUCCCUUGAUUACGUUCUUCAUUUUUGCCAAUCUCUUCAUCGCCCUCUUCGCUAUUCAUGCUCUUUCACAUUCAGGGGAAACAAUGAGUGAGACAAUGGUAGAAGUGAAUGCACCAGUGCAUCAAGGUGGACCCACCAACAGCUCCACUGGGGCGGUUCCUCUGCCCCCACGCCGCCCUAGGGUUAGGGAAGUAAGCUCUAGGUUCAUGUCUCCGGUGGUUUCUUCUUCAUCCUCCGGUGAUCUUCAUCUCCUCAAUGGCAAGUCUCCAAUUUCAAAGCCUACAGAAUUUCACUCCAGGCAGCAACAGCAGCAGCGCUCCACCUCUGCGCAGAGGCGGCGGCAGAACCAGGAAUUAGAACCUUUAUCUUGUGCAGAUGAGAAUAGGCCUGAGACGGCUCGGAGCUUGGAAACCCCAUUUGUAUCACAGUGUAAAGCUCCCUUGAUGUCUUCACAGAGGAAGCAACGGGUGGUGAAGCUUUUCAAGGAGAAUGGAGGAAGAGGGGAGCAGCAGCUUCCAGAUGGCCUGCGCUCGAAAGUAUGCGAUGGUGGAAAGCCGAUAGGAAGAAGUACUAAUGGUGUUGCUUCUUUGAGGCCUGAUACACCAAUUGUCAGUAGUAGUAUGGAUAGGAUUGUUUCAUCAAGAUUCAGGCUUAUGACACCAAAUUCUCACCGGUCCAGCAAUGCCAGUGCCAUGCCUGCAGCCAGUGCUGCUACAAAGCUGUUGCAAUCAAGUGGGAUGUCAUUAUCAACUCAAACCUCUAGUGUAGGCGGUAAGGUUGACGGGGUCUCAUCCCAGCAAGAAACUUGUGCAAACCCUUCUUCAUUGGUUGAUGACAAUGAUGAUAAAAUUGACCAAAAAAUUGCCCAAACCCGUGCUAAUGAACCGGCGUUGAGUGAUUCAGAAUCAUGCAGCAGUAUCAUUCAAGGGAUUAAACCUAUUAGUUCUUCAAGUCCUGUUCAAAACUGCAAGACACGGUCUCAUAAUGAAUUGCGCUCUUCCAUGCCUGAGGCUGAUAUGUUGCCAACCAUGUCCACUAGAUUGCUUGCUGAGAGAAAUUGUGGCAGGGGUAAUGUCAAUGGAGCUGAGUCUUCGAAAUUCUCUGCUUCCCCUUUCUCCCGUUCUCUUAAUUUGACGCCAUCAAGUUCUGAUCAGUCCUUGUUCCAUUCUAUCAAAACCAGUGAAAAACUAGCAUCUGUUUUGUCCAAGCCUCAUACAAACUCCAUGAAGAAUGGGAGCAUUUAUCUGCCUCCACUUCCUCCAUGCACAAAGCCCGGGACAGAUGCAAGAAAGGGAAGGAAAGUUUCCGGUCAUCAAGAAGAUGUACAUUCUCUAAAGCUGCUUCACAACCAUUAUCUGCAGUGGAGAUUUGCCAAUGCAAAAGCAGAGGCCACCAUGCAAGCUCAGAGAAGAGAAACCGAGAAAGCACUCUAUUCUCUUGGGGUCAAGAUAUCGGAUCUAUAUGAAUUGGUGAAAGGGAAACGCAUUGAACUUGGCUUGUUGCAAAGAACAAAUAUUUUGGUCACAAUUCUUGAAGCUCAAAUGCCAUUUUUGGAUGAAUGGUCGAUUUUGGAAGGGGAUUACUCUGUUUCUUUAUCAGAAGCAAUUCAAGCCUUGGUGAAUGCCUCACUUCAACUUCCAAUCAGUGGAAACAUACGGGCUGAUAUAAGAGAAGUCAACGAGGCACUGUACUCAGCAACGAAGAUGAUGGAAAUAAUAAUUUCCAAUGUACAAAUGUUUAUGCCAAAGGCUGAAGAAAUGGACAAUUUGGUUUCGGAACUAGCAAGGGUGACUGGUGGAGAAAGAACUCUAUCUGAAGAAUGUGGAUAUCUGCUGUCUAGAACUCAUGCAUUGCAGGUCGAAGAAUGCAGUCUAAGAAGCCAGUUGAUUCAACAACAACGCAGCAGCAGCAGCAGCUGCAGUGAAACCCAGGAACAAUGAGCAUUCUUUCAUCACUACAGAAGGUUAACAGCCAAGAAAUUGACCUAAAAAUUCGACAUUCUUUUCAUGCCUGUUUUCUUCAGUUCCAUGUAUAAAUAAGCAUUCAUUUUGAUGUGAAUGAAAACGAGAGAGUUUGACAAAAAAAAAGCACAGAAGUGAAGUGAGAGAGAGAUGCAAGGUAUAUAGGAAAAAUUCAUCUCUGUUUGAAAGAGAGAGUUGUUGCUUGUAUUUUCAAAAUUACAGAGAAAAUGGUCUCUGAUUGAGAGAGAUCAAGGAAAAAUGAAAAUGGGAUAUUCAAUUCUUUUUCU